AUGAACGAGAACAUGAGAUCCAAAGCCCAAGGUCCUGUGAGAGCCUCAUCAACCACAAGACCAAUACGACCUCUGAGUUCUCACAUGCUUCGCUUACUCCUUCAGUGUGUUCUUUUCCUCUUUCUUACAGUUUCAGAAGCCAUCUGUAACCCGCAAGAUCGAGAAUCUCUCAUGUGGUUCUCGGGAAACCUUUCUUCUUCUGUUUCUCCUUUGAAUUGGAAUCCAUCCAUUGAUUGUUGCUCAUGGGAGGGAAUAACCUGCGAUGACUCAAUGGAUAGUCGCGUGACUGCGAUAUCCUUAACAUCUAAAGGACUCUCCGGCAAUCUCUCUUUGUCUCUUCUGCAUCUCCGCCAUCUCUCUCAGCUCAAUCUUUCUCAUAACCGUCUCUCGGGUCCUCUCCCGCCGGGUUUUCUCUCAUCCCUUGAUAAGCUCAUAGUUCUUGAUCUUAGUUACAACAGCUUCGAUGGUGAGUUGCCACUUGAACAAGCAUUUGGAAAUGGAAGCAGCAGUUUCUUCUCAAUUCAGACCAUUGAUCUGUCAAGCAAUCUUCUGCAUGGCGAAAUCCUCGGAAGUUCUGUUUUUCUCCAGGGUGCUUCCAAUUUAAUCAGUUUCAAUGUCAGCAACAACACCUUCACAGGUCAAUUCCCCUCUUUCAUGUGCACGGGUUCACCGAACCUCAGCAAACUGGAUAUCUCUUAUAAUGAUUUUACCGGCAAUAUCACCCAAGGAUUAGGCAGGUGCUUGAGGUUAACUGUUCUACGAGCAGGAUUCAACAAGCUCUCUGGAGAAAUACCAAGUGAAAUCUAUAAUCUUUCUGAGCUCGAGCAACUCUCUCUGCCCGCCAAUCAACUUUCUGGAAAGAUCGAUGAUGAUAUCACCCGGCUCAGGAAACUUACCACGCUUGACCUGUACUUCAAUCACCUCGAAGGAGAAAUACCAGUCGGUAUAGGCAACCUCUCCAGCCUCCGCAGCCUCCAGCUCCAUAUAAAUAACCUCACUGGUUCGGUCCCGCUUUCUCUCGCAAUUUGCACCCAUCUCGUCAGGUUGAAUUUGAGGGUCAAUCGGCUGAGAGGAAGCUUAACAGAGCUCGACUUUUCUCAGCUUCAGAGUCUUACCAUUCUAGAUCUCGGAAACAAUAGCUUCACCGGUGAUUUCCCGGAUAAGGUUUUCUCCUGCAAAUCGCUCACGGAUAUCCGAUUUGCAGGCAACAUGUUAUCGGGACAGAUGAAGCUGUACACCCUCCUCGUAUCAAAGAAUUUUCACAACGAAACAUUACCAAGCAACGGAUCCUUAGUUGCACCAGAUGGAUUCCCAAAACUCCAAAUCUUUGGCAUCAGUGGAUGUAAACUGAAAGGUGAAAUACCAGCUUGGCUGAUCAAACUGAAGAGCUUACAAGUCAUUGACUUGUCCUUCAACCGACUCGAAGGGUCGAUUCCUGGAUGGCUGGGAACUUUUCCCCAUCUGUUCUACAUUGAUCUCUCCGAUAACCUACUUUCAGGAGAGCUUCCAAGAUAUAUAUUUAACCUGAGGGCUCUAAUGUCCCAAAAGGCCUACGACGCAAGAGAAAGGAACUAUCUAGAGCUGACUGUUUUUGUCAGUCCCAAUGAUGUUACCAAUCAGCAAUACAAUCAGCUGUCCAGCCUCCCACCUGCCAUCUACAUCAGCAGGAAUAACCUGACCGGGAGCAUACCAAUGGAGGUUGGGCAGUUUAAAGUUCUUCACGUCCUAGAACUUUCUCAUAACAAUUUGUCUGGCAGCAUCCCGGAUGAACUGUCGAACCUCACCAACUUAGAGAGACUUGACCUGUCCAACAAUGCUUUAUCUGGUAGAAUCCCUUUAUCGCUAACAAGCCUCCAUUUCUUGUCCUAUUUCAAUGUGGCGAACAACACUCUCCAAGGGCCAAUACCCCCAUCUGGUCAGUUUGCUACUUAUCCAAAAGCAUAUUAUGAAGGAAACCCCUUGUUGUGCGACGGUGUGCUGCUGACUUCCUGCAAGGUCCCAAGUAACACGGCAAAAGAUGAUACAGGGGACUUACAGAGAACUUUUUUUAUAGGGGUUGCCAUUGGAUUUUUCGUUUCCUACUGCUUUUACUGGUGCUCCUUUGCGAUGCGAUUCACCGCCUUCACUAGACAAUAG